AUGACUGUCUUGACUUCAUCUGUAAGUUGUACUCAGACUGAAACAUGUUUUCAGGAUGGUAAAAGCGAUAGUCAACUUCGAGUAAAAAUUGAGAAUAACUGGUAUAAUCUAACACAAUGGCAACAUCAACAUCCGGGCGGAGCAAAAAUAUUACAACAUUCAAAUGGAUUAGAUGUAACUGAUGCGUUUACUUCAUUACAUUCUAAAAAUGCUUGGACACGUCUUAGCAAAAUGCAUAAAACAAUCGCUAAAUUAAAUGAUACUCCUGCUCCAACUAAAGCAACAUUAGCAUUCAGACGAUUAAGAAAACAAUUAGAAGAAGAUGGAUGGUGGAAGCAUGAUAGAAAAUGGGAAUUAUUUUAUCAAUUAUCCGUCUUUAUGUUAACAUCUUUUGGUACAUAUAUAUCAUUUGCCGGUCAUUCAAUAGUAGCAAUAUUACUUAUUGGACUGGGUAUGCAACAAGCAGGAUGGAUCGGUCAUGAUAAUACUCAUGGACGAGGAUCACUUCAAGCUUGGUUUGCCGCAUUUCAAUCAGGCGUUAUUAAUGGAUUUUCACGUAAAUGGUGGUCAGAAAAACAUAAUAUACAUCAUGUAUAUACAAAUCAUAUUGGUAUUGAUGCUGAUAUUGAGAAUGAUCCAUUAAUACAUUUAUUUUUUCCAUCAAUCGAUAAAGACGUAUAUUUUCGUCGAUUUCAACAUUACUAUUUUUAUAUUAUUUGA